AAAACAAAAAAAAAAAAUAUCAUUUGUUUUCGUAUUAAUAUAACCUAUUUUAUAUUGAAUUAAAAAAUAUAAAUUAAUAUCGCAGAGUUAAAUUCUACAAUUCAAACAUGUCUCUUUCGCGUGUGUUACUUUUUCGUAAAUUAUGUAAUACGGAAAAGUGCUCAUUAAUUUUUAAAAGAUGUAAUUCUCAAAAUUCGAUCAAUUUAUCUGACCCUUCAGUCCAGAGAUAUCUCAGUUAUCUGAUGAUUGAACACGAAAAUCUCUCUGUUAAAUCACGUCGGGAUCCGGAAGAAGUAAGACGUCUUCAGGAGAUAAAGCCUAUUGUGCACGCGCUAGAGCAGAGAAUUUACUUGUACGAUAGCAUCGAGUCGUUAAAAGAACUAAACAAAAAGGAAGGUGAUGAUGAAAUUAAGAAAAUGAUAAAAGAAGAAGCAGGCAUUUAUCUGAAACGCGUGAAUGAAGUUGAUAGUGAACUGCAAUCCAUUUUACUAGAACCAUACUUGUCUGAAGGUGGUAUUUUACUUGAAGUCACCGCUGGCGCCGGCGGGCAGGAAGCUAUGCUGUUUGCCAGAGAGCUUUUCGAGUUAUACGAAUCUUACGCGAAUUAUAAAGACUGGGAAGUGGAUAUAGCAUCAAUUGAGGAGUCUGACCUUGGUGGCUACAGAAAAGCUUCAUUAUUAAUUCGAGGUAUGGGUGUGCCUGAGUUAAUGAGAAUGGAAGCAGGAGUGCACCGUGUGCAGAGAAUCCCGACCACUGAGAAGGGAGGGAGGAUUCAUACUAGUACAGUAUCUGUGGCAGUACUACCACAGCCAUCAGAUAUAGAACUAGAUAUUCCAGAGAGGGAUAUAACUAUAGAAACUAAACGGGCUAGUGGUGCAGGUGGUCAACAUGUCAACACAACAGACAGUGCAGUCCGCAUCAUACACAAUCCCACUGGCACAGUGGUUGAAUGCCAAGAAGGUAGAUCACAAAUUAAAAAUAAACAAAUUGCUAUGGAAAAGUUGAGAACCCUCUUGUACCAAAAACAACAUGAAGAACAAGUCGCUAGAAUUAAUUCUGAAAGGAAAUCACAGAUUGGCUCCAGCAAUAGGAAUGAGAAGAUUCGAACUUACAACUACCCUCAGGACCGUGUGACAGAGCACCGCGAGGGUGGCGGCACACAGCACAGCCUCAAGACCUUCAUGAAAGGAGAGGAACAGCUGGAAAGUCUGCAGGAAAACCUCCUACGCCACCAACGCUUCCAGGCCCUCAUGGAAGACAUACAAGAGUAUAUAAAAAAACACCAAGUUGAUACUACCAGUAAAGUGUAAGUGAUUCCUACACAUAUUUAUUUAACUAAUAUGUUAUGAUAUACACUACAAUAUAUGGUAGUAGACAUCUCAAGUAUAUUAGUAUACAAUAAAAAUAAAGUUUGUGCACUGACCAGUUUUAUGUUUAUGUAGGUACCUAAUUUUGAGAUCCAAGUGAAUGUGUUUUCUUCAGACAUCUGGAUUGCACAGGAUUUUUGUUUAUUUGUAAACUAGCAGUCAAUAGAAAUGUUUCCAUUGCUUAAUUUGUAUUAGACAUUGUUAAAUAGUUUUAUAGUUUGUGUAAAAAAAAAAGUCUGAUGUACAAUAAAUAUUUUAUUUUGUACCAAAUGAAUAAUCACAAUAUUACAGGAAAUUAACAUAAUAGAUCACAUCUACUACAUAAAUGACAGAGAUUCAAAUUACUAAACACUACAAAUAUGUUAAGGUAAUUCAAAAUGUGAUAGUUAUUAAUUUAUUAAAUAAAAGCAACCAC